ACCUGCUCGACUACCCAACCUGAGAGACGGUCCAGACACAUAGGCACGCGAGUAGAUCAAACAGGCUGCCCCACCUCCGAAUCGCUUCACCUGACGCAACCGAGGGGAGAGGAUAGAGGGUGGUCAAGAUGGUGAACAAGAUCCUCUUCUGGUCAUUCUUCGGCGUUGCCGUGCGGUUCUGGCAGCUGGGUAUUGAGAUGCGACCGCUGUUGAGCCGACCUUUGGUAUACCCGGUUUACGCUGGUAUCGGCGCGAGUGUAGGCUACUGGCUGCAGGGCAUAGAAGAUAGGCAGAUGCGUUUUCUGCGUGAGACGAGGGACAGGCUGCUCGAGAAGCGGGCUCGGCGAGUGGCGAGGGAAGGUCAACCAAACAUUGGCACAGAGUAUCAGAAGGAGCAGGAGGGCCUUUUCGCAAGCCCAAAGCUUGUGGUCGAGACGGGUGCGCACAUUCCGGGCGGUGUCAUGACUGAGCGGACACAGGCGGCAGAGUAAUGAACAAGCCAACGGGUGCAGAGGAUUGAGCAUCGAGAAAGGCCUCAAUGGUGGGAAGGGCAGAAUCCUCGCUAACAGUCCGGUCUGGAGGAGGGUGGAGAAAGAGUGGCCAUGUACUUCAAGCACUCAUAAAGCUGGUAACGGAGUCAUGGCGCCAUGCGAAGUGUGUAGAUGUGUCCUGUAGCAUUACAUGAUCAUAGCCA